UUAACUUUGACGUGAAAAAACCCAUCUUAGAACAUCUUGUGACCAAGUUGACCUGUGUAUAAUGGACGGCAACCUGAGCACUGCAGCAUCCGACAGAGCAGGAUCCUACCACACGGCGGAACCCUGGAGCCUCAUCAUACUGGUCAUCAUCAUACUGAUCAUAGUGAUGGGAAACCUGUUGGUCAUCAUCGCCAUAGCUCGUACUUCACAGCUACAGACGACGACAAACAUUUUCAUUAUGUCCCUUGCGUGUGCGGACCUCAUCAUGGGGGUUUUCGUGGUGCCUCUGGGGGCCACUAUUGUGGUGACUGGUAACUGGCAGCUCAGUGAAACAUUCUGUGAUUUCUGGACUUCUGUGGACGUCCUGUGUGUGACCGCGAGCAUAGAGACGCUCUGUGUCAUAUCAGUGGAUCGGUAUAUAGCCAUUACAAGGCCCCUCCGUCACAAGGUUCUGCUCAAUAAGUGCCGUGCAAGGGUAAUAGUUUGUUUAGUGUGGGUUGUGUCCGCCUUAAUUUCCUUUGUGCCAAUUAUGAUAGGGUUUUGGCGGGAUGAUGAUGCAAAUGCGAAGGAAUGCUACGAAAUCCCUGAAUGCUGUGACUUUGUGACCAACUGGGCCUUUGCUGUUAUAUCCUCAAUUGUGUCUUUUUACAUUCCACUGCUUGUAAUGAUAUUUGUGUAUGCAAAAGUCUUUCUAAUAGCCACGCGCCAGGUCCAGCUCAUAGAUAAGAAUCGCAUACGUUUCCAAAAUGAGUGUCCAACAGCGCAGAUGCAAGUUGGCCCCCACAUCAACAAUAUCUCGCCACAUGUGUGUGCAGGCUCCAGCAGCUGCAACAGCACAGUGCGGAGGAAGAGUACCAAGCGGAGACCAUCACGGCUAAUGCUUGUCAAAGAGCAGAAGGCCCUCAAGACUUUGGGUAUCAUCAUGGGGACCUUCACUGUGUGCUGGCUGCCGUUCUUUGUCGCUAACAUCAUAAACGCAUUUAUGAGAAGAGAAGUUCCCUCAGAGAGGAUCUUCCGACUGUUAAAUUGGCUGGGUUACAUUAACUCCGGCCUCAAUCCUAUCAUCUACUGCAGAAGUCCAGAGUUUCGCACUGCGUUCAAGAACCUGCUGGGAUGUCCGUGGCUGUCCACCCUGUGGCUUAAUACUUUCUAUAAAGAGCUGCGGACUCGCUGCUCCUGCUUUCUAUGGCAGGGUGAGUCAGGCAUAGCCGGCCCUUUCCAAAAGUCUCCAACCACUAGUACUGAGGGCAACGAGAGUCUGGCGAGUACUCAGGGAAGCAGCAAAAGUGAGGAGGCUUGCUCUGGUCCUCUGCAGUCCAACGGCAGCACACAGUUCAGUGACUUAUCAGAACCACAAACCAUAUUCUUCACGCUGCAGGAAAAGGACGGAUGAACUGUAAAAUAUCUGAAUACUGAAGCAAACUAUGUUUUCCAGCCGUUACUGUGAAUCCUACAAAGGCUCAGACCAAAUAGCAGUGUGGACGAGCUAAAGAAGAGAACAACCACCGGCCCUGAUAAACGUAGCUGAGUGAAGCUAACCCCAAAGGGAUGACUGGAUUGACUGUAGAUUACCAGCUUAUUUGGUCUGUGGACAGGAACACUGACUGUCUCUGUGGCCAAGAGAUGGAGUGCUCCGACACAGCAGCAACAAAGAUGAACCUGCCAGCGUCAUCUAAAUACAGUUUGCAAAAGACUCACUGUUCCUGAAUAAGACAAUACUUAACUACAAGUUUUAAAUGCAUUCCAGUAAACCUUUGGACACAGUGUAUGUGGCCUAUGGUCUCAAUAAUGACAGCAUUAAUUCAUGUUGUACAGUAUAUUUUCUGGUAAGUUAUCUAUUUAUGAUACACUGAAUCUGUAGCGAAACACAAAUGUUGUCUAACUUAAUAUAAGGUCAUAAUUCUGCCAGGGAUGUCUUCACUGUCCAGUUAAGAAAGAUUAAUUUUCAUGGCACAAACUCUUCAGUGUAAGAUCAGCUAAACCAAAGCCCUUUACAUUCAGAAAUUCAGUUCUUGUGUCUGUUUUCUGCAUUCUGUGUCUUUAUGUUCUGAGCCUGGACUCAGUAUCCGCACAAUAUUAGUUAUCUUGCUUAAAUGCCCUUGUCUGUUAAGUUAUACCACAGCUAUAGAAAAUUGGCUGGCUGUAAAAAUUGUACAUCAGGACAACACUUAACCAUCAGUAUAAAUUAUUGUGCAAGGUACAGUAUUAUAAACUGCAGGUAACCAUAGCAAAAUACGUCUAAACUCCCUACCUUUUUCCUUUGAUAAGCUGCCUUGGUAUAAGAUCAGUAACUACAUAAAUAACCAAAAUGUCCACAUAUAGAAAAAUGAUGAAUUUCAUCCAUUAUUUUACUAUAUUGGGACACUAUUGUGUGUUGUUACUUACAUAACAUCAUCUGUUGCAUUGAGAAAUAAAAUACUAUGAAACUGUG